AUGGCUGAAUCAACCACCAUCUCCAACACGGAGAAUCUCAUGAAGUACAUGUCCCUCGACCAGCGGGGUAACGUCCAGGCUGAGUACAUCUGGGUCGAUGCCACCGGUGGCACUCGUUCCAAGACCAGGACUCUAUCAAAGUCCCCCAAGUCCGUUGAUGAAUUGCCCGAAUGGAACUUCGACGGCUCCUCCACCGGUCAGGCUCCCGGUGACAACUCCGAUGUCUACCUCCGCCCCGUUGCUAUCUACCCCGACCCCUUCCGUCUCGGUGAAAACAUCCUCGUCCUUUGCGAGACCUGGGACUCCGAUGGAACCCCCAACAAGUUCAACCACCGCCACGAGGCUGCCCGUCUGAUGGAGGCCAACGCCAAGGAGGAGUUCUGGUUCGGUCUGGAGCAGGAGUACACCCUCCUCGGUACCGAUGGCUGGCCCUAUGGCUGGCCCAAGGGUGGUUUCCCCGGUGCCCAGGGCCCCUACUACUGUGGUGUCGGUACCGGCAAGGUUUACUGCCGUGACAUCGUCGAGGCUCACUACCGUGCUUGCUUGUACGCUGGUAUCAAGAUCUCCGGUAUCAACGCCGAGGUCAUGCCUUCCCAAUGGGAGUACCAGGUCGGCCCUUGCCAGGGUAUUGACAUGGGUGACGAGCUCUGGAUGUCCCGCUUCCUCCUCCACCGUGUCGCUGAAGAGUUCGGCGUCAGAAUCUCCUUCGAGCCCAAGCCCAUCAAGGGUGAAUGGAACGGAGCCGGUCUCCACACCAACGUUUCGACCGCCUCCACUCGUGCUGACGGUGGCAUGAAGGCUAUUGAGUCCUACAUGAAGAAGCUCGAGGCCCGCCACGUUGAGCACAUUGCCGUCUACGGUGAGGGUAACGAGGAGCGCUUGACUGGUCGUCACGAGACCGGCAGCAUCGACAAGUUCAGCUACGGUGUUGCCGACCGUGGUGGCUCCAUCCGUAUCCCCCGCCAGGUCGCCAAGGAUGGCAAGGGCUACUUCGAGGACCGCCGUCCCGCCAGUAACGCCUGCCCUUACCAAAUUACUGGUAUCAUCGUGGAGACCCUUUGCGGUGGUAACUAA